AUGCGUUUCUCUGGAAGUGGAGCAGGAAUCAGGCACAGGUUUAUUUCAUCUGUUAAGAAGCCCAAGUUGGCCUUCUUAUAUGUCCUUACAGCAUCAAAGAUCUUCCGAGUUGGGGCAUCUGAAAAAGUAGUAGUUCAAGCUUUUGGUUUCGAGACGGAAUUUCCAGUCAAUGUUGCCAUUAAAAGCUUUCCAGAUAAGCUUGCUGUUUAUUCUUCUGGCCACAUUUCUUUGACGCCAGCCAACAAAUUCCAAGAUGCUGUAACUUUAAGAAUUGAACCAACAGAUUUACCAGAAGUGGAGAACUCAGUCAAUUAUGUGUAUUUGGAAGCUGUUUCUCCACAUUUUACAAGAUUAAAAAAAAUUCCUGUUUCCUAUGAGAAUGGGUUUCUUUUUAUUCAUACAGACAAACCAGUUUAUACUCCUGAUCAGUCAGUGAAAGUCAGGGUUUAUUCUCUGAAUGAAGACCUGCAGCCAGCUCGGCGAGAAACUGUCCUAACUUUUGUGGAUCCUGAAGGAGUAAAAGUGGACAUGAUUGAAGAAGAAGAUUUUACUGGCAUAGUUUCUUUUCCUGACUUCAAGAUUCCUCCUAAUCCUAAGUAUGGCAUUUGGAAAAUUGAAGCCAAGUAUAAGAAGAAUUUUGGAACCUCAGCUGUUGCCAAAUUUGAAGUUAAGGAAUAUGCAAUGCCAAGUUUUUCCAUUGUCAUAGAGCCAGAAAGUAACUUUAUUAGCUCUGAUAAAUUUGACAACUUCAGGAUUGUUGUGAAAGCCAGCUAUUUUUAUAAUAAAAGGCUUACAAGUGCUGAUGUUUUUCUUCGUUUUGGAAUAAUUGAAGAAAAUGAAAAAAGAAUGAUGCCUCGUGCGAUGCAUGUGACAAGGAUUGAAAAUGGAGUUGCUGAGAUAAAUUUUAACAGUAAAGAGGCAGUGAGUUCUAUAGGGUUUCAAAGUCUAGAGGAAUUGGAUGGGUCAUAUUUAUAUAUUGUGGCAUCAGUGCUGGAGUCUUCUGGUGGCCUCAGUGGUGAAGCAGAAUUUGCUGGAGUCAGAUUUGCUGUGUCUCCUUACAAAUUGAGUUUGAUUGCUACUCCUCUCUUUGUGAAGCCUGGACUUCCCUUCUUCAUUAAGGUGCAGGUGAAAGAUACAGUCGAUCAGUUUGUCAGAAACGUCCCUAUAACCAUCACUGCAAAAUCACUGAGUGAGGAGAUGGAUGAGACUGAGUUGAUAUCAGAGGGAUCAGAAUCUGGGAGAAGAAGAACAAGCAUAAAUGAUGGCACUGCUUUGUUUGUUGUUAAUAUCCCAUCUAAUAGCAAAAUGCUGGAGUUUCAAGUAAAAACUGCAGAUCCACAUCUUUCAGAUGAAAACCAAGCAAGUAAAACCUAUGAAGCAAAAGCUUAUUCAUCAUUAAGUCAUAGUUAUCUGUAUAUUGACUGGGCUUCAAACCAUAAGAUACUGAGAGUAGGGGAUUUCAUAAACAUUAAAGUAUAUCCACAUAGUCAUUACAUUCAUAAAAUCCAUCACUACAGCUAUUUGAUCAUGUCAAAGGGGAAGAUAGUAAGCUUUGGAACUCAGAAGAGAAUUGAGAAUUUGGAAUAUGAGCAUCUGACUUUUCAGAUAACCCAAGAAAUGGUUCCUUCAGCACGUCUUGUUGUUUACUACAUAGUCAUGGGAGAAGAAACUGCUGAGUUAGUAGCUGAUUCAGUCUGGCUGAACGUGGAACAGAAAUGUGGGAACAGUCUUGAUGUUAAGCUGCAGCCAAGCAAAAAGAUACUGAAUCCAGCAGAAGUUGUAUCACUUAACAUGAAAACACAAUUCAGUUCCUUUGUUGCCUUGUCAGCUAUUGACAAGGCAGUAUAUGGAGUCACAGGAAGAGGAAAGAGAGCAUUGGAAAAAAUAAUGCUACUGCUGGAAAAGAGUGACCUUGGCUGUGGUGCAGGAGGAGGACAAAACAACAUUGAUGUAUUCCGAAUGGCUGGGCUUACAUUUUUAACUAAUGCAAAUGCUGAUGAUUUAAAUGUAGCAGCAUCCAAAUAUUUACGUCCAGAAAUCCGAAAAUGCUGCAUGGCAGGAGUGAGAGCAUAUCCAGUCACUGAGACCUGCAGUGACAGAGCGCAGCGGGUCCGUGGCAGCGAGAGGUGUGUUUCUGCCUUCAAGGAUUGCUGUGAGUUUGCAAACCAGCUGCGGGAGAAAGAGCCUAAUAAGCUGCUAAUACUGGCCAGAAUGCAUUUUGAGUCUUUCUUGGAACUGGAUGUGGCAGAAGUUCGUAGCUACUUCCCUGAGAGCUGGUUAUGGGAAGUUCACCAAGUUUCUUCAAGAUCAAAGACUCUGUCUGUCACCUUGCCUGAUUCACUGACUACCUGGGAAGUACAAGCUGUUGGCAUUUCUGAUAAAGGUAUUUGUGUUGCUGCGCCAAUGGAAAUGCAGGUUGUAAAAGAUAUCUUCCUGAGUGUUCAUGUCCCUUAUUCUGUGGUGCGAGGAGAGCAAAUAGAGAUAAAAGGAUCAGUGUAUAACCAUAGAACUGCUGCAAUUAAGUUCUGUGUUAUAGUAGCAACUGGAAAUGGGAUCUGUUCUUUUGGAGAUUCUGCAGCUGCUGGAGAAAGGAUACGCAGUUGUAACUUUAAGAGCCUGGAUGGUGGUUCUUCAUCCCCAGUUACAUUCAGGAUACUGCCUUUGGAGUUGGGUCUUCACACAAUCAACUUUACAUUGCUGACAGCCAGGAACAGUGAAAUUGUAGUUAAAACAUUACGUGUAGUGCCAGAAGGCAUUAAGAAGGAACUUCAUGCAGGUUUCAUUCUGGAUCCACAGGGUCUUUAUGGUUCAAUCAAGAGACGGCAAGAAUUUCGGUACAAUAUACCACUAAAUCUGGUCCCUAAAACAAAAAUUGAUAGAAGUGUCAGUGUAAAAGGACAUCUUAUGGGUGAAGUGAUUGCCACUGUCCUCAAUCCUAGUAGUCUCAAUGUCCUUAUUAAUCUGCCCAAGGGCAGUGCAGAGGCAGAGUUUAUGAAUAUUGUCCCAGUAUUCUAUGUGUUCCACUACUUGGAAGGAUCAGAUAAUUGGCAUUUACUGGGUCCUCAAACCUUAACUUCAAGAACUCAAAUGAGGAGGAAGAUGAAAGAAGGGAUUGUAAGCAUCUUGUCAUUCAGGAAUUCUGACUUCUCAUACAGCAUGUGGAAAAAUGGGCAAGCGAGCACGUGGUUGACAGCUUUUGCUCUAAGAAUUCUUGGACAAGUUAAUCAAUAUAUAAUUCUUGAUCAAAUUUCGGUUUGUAAUUCACUUCUGUGGUUGAUUGAUAACUGUCAAAUGCCAGAUGGGUCAUUCAGUGAAUUUUCAGAUUACCAACCAGUAAAACUACAGGGUACACUGCCCAGAGAAGCAAAAGAAAAAUCUUUGUACCUCACAGCAUUUUCUAUUAUUGGAAUUGAAAAGUCAAUUAACAUAUGUCCUACUCAGAGAAUCCAUGAUGCUAAAAAUAAAGCAGGAGAUUAUUUGAUGAAAAAUGUUGGGUCAGCUCAGAGCCUCUUCACCAUGGCCAUCACUUCCUAUGCUUUAGCUCUUGUGGAUUUGAACCAUCACUCGGCACGGUUGGCAUUCUCUGCCCUGAAGAGGGAAGCCUCUGUCAUAGGUGACCCUCCUAUUUAUCGUUUUUGGAAAGAUACUUUCAAGACAGUAGACCAGCACACUCCCAGCUCUGUUACUGCACAAAUGGUUGAAACUACAGCAUAUGCCUUGCUUACUACUUUGCUAAGAGGGGACCAAAACUAUGCUAAUCCAAUCAUCAAGUGGUUAUCUGAAGAACAAAGAUAUGGUGGAGGAUUUUUUUCAACCCAGGACACAAUUACUGCCCUUGAAGCCUUGACUGAGUAUUCCCUUCUUGCCAAACGGCUUUAUUUGAACAUGAGUGUGAAGGUGUCAUACAAAAGCCAUGGGAACCUUCAGCUACUUACACUGACAGAAGAUAAUUUCGUGGGAAGAACUGUGACAGUACCUUUGGAUGAUGACAUAUAUGUAAGCACUGGAAGCAGCACUGGCAUAGCUACAGUAAAUGUGAGGACAGUAUAUAACACAAUUGGUACUUCUGAGGACUCAUGUAACUUUGAUUUGAAGAUUGUUCCAAAGAGAGAUGAUGGUCACCUAAGAGAAGAUGGGGAGCCCCUCGGGCGCUUGGAGGCUUGUGCAAAGUACAGACCCAGUGUGAGAGAGCCACGGUCAGGGUCUGCUCAUGCUGUGAUGGACAUAGGUUUGGUCAGUGGAUUGGAAGCAAAUACAGAAGAUUUAUCUACUCUUGCAAGUGGAGUGGAUCAGUUGAUAGCAGAUUAUGAGAUAAAAGAUGGGCAUGUUAUUCUGCAGAUAGACUCUGUGCCAGCCAAUAGUUUUCUCUGUGUUGGGUUCCGAGUAAGUGAGCUUUUCCGUGUUGGAAUGCUGAGUCCUGCCACAUUCACUGUGUAUGAAUAUCAUGCUCCAGAUAAAAGAUGCACUAUAUUUUAUAACCCUUAUGGAAAUGAAAAGCUUGUGAGAUUGUGUGAAGGAGAUGAAUGCAAAUGCAUGGAAGCUGAGUGCAGUGAAGUACAGGAGAGACUGGAUCAGUCAAUAACUGCUGACAGCAGGAGAGCAGUUGCAUGCCAGAGUGAUAUUGCAUAUGUUUAUAAAGUGAACAUCUUAUCACAGAGUGAAGAAGGUUCUUUUGUAAAGUAUUCUGCAGCUCUUCUGGACCUCUAUAAAAGGGGGCAGGCUUUUGCUCAAAAAAAUAAUGAAAUAACCUUCAUUAAAAAGAAGAGCUGCACAGAUGUUGAAUUGAGGCCAGGAGAGCAGUAUUUGAUCAUGGGAAAAGAAGCCUUAAAGAUGAGAAUUGGUUACAAUUUCAAAUUCCAGUAUCCUUUGGACUCCAGCACUUGGAUUGAGUGGUGGCCUUCAAAUGCAGCAUGUACAUCUUGUCAGGAGUUUUUAAUGACAAUGGAAGAUUUUGUUGAAGAUCUUCUCAUCAGUGGCUGCUGA